CCUGUGACGUAUGAACAAAGCAUUUUCAUUGGUUAUCUGCUAUGAGCCCACAUCUGACGAUCUUUUUUAUACAGCGAAAAGGACUGUCAUUAAUUUAUAAACAUUCGAACAAAGAGGACGUUCCUUAUUAGUUUUUAAAGUGAUUGAAAGAAAUUAAAGAAAACAAAAUGCCAGCGAGAGCAGAUUUAGAUGAGGCCAUGUGUAACGGCGGAGCUCAUGGAGAUGGCCCACAUAACAGACUUGGACCUAAUCUGCCUGAAUUUGUGUACAAUGGUGAAGUAGCCAUCAGUGGUAUUUCAGGGCGAUUGCCAGAAUCAGAUAAUAUGGCAGAGUUUCGUGACCAUUUGCUUAAAAAUGAAGACAUGGUAACAGCUGACAACAGACGAUGGGAAGUGGGUCUCCAUGGGAAUCCUGCAAGAAAUGGAAAGCUAAAAGAAAUAAAAUAUUUUGAUGCUGCAUUUUUUGGUGUCCAUCCUAAGCAAGCAGACUGUAUGGAUCCUCAGCUUAGGAUAUUGUUAGAAGUUUCAUAUGAAGCCAUUAUAGAUGCAGGACAAACAAUGGAGUCAGUCAGAGGCAGCAAAACAGGUGUUUAUGUUGGUGUUUCAUUAUCAGAAGCAUCCGAUGCCUGGUCAGCAGAUGCUGAAAGCACAGUUGGUUACACCAUGCCAGGGUGUUGUAGAGCUAUGUUUGCCAAUAGAAUCUCAUACUUUUUUGAUUUUAAAGGACCUAGUUAUGCAGUAGAUACAGCGUGCUCUUCCAGUAUGAUGUGUCUUGAUCAAGCUUUGUUGAACCUUCGUAUGGGUCUUAUUGACUCUGCUAUAGUAGCAGGCACUAACUUGUGUCUUAAACCAACUACUUCACUACAGUUUGUAAGGAUGGGAAUGACUGCACCAGAUGGUACUUGCAAAACAUUUGAUGCUUCAGGGGAUGGAUACUGUCGCAGUGAAGCUAUAAUGGCCAUCUAUUUACAAAAGACAGCAGACUGCAAACGCAUUUAUGCCACAGUUGUUCAUACCAAAACAAAUGCUGAUGGUUUUAAAGAGCAAGGUAUAACAUUUCCCUCUGGAAUUAUGCAGAAGCAGUUGAUUAAUGAAGUGUACCAUGAGAUAGGCAUUAAUCCACUUGACGUUGCAUAUGUUGAAGCACAUGGUACUGGUACAAAAGUUGGUGAUCCUCAAGAAGUAAAUUCUUUAGUGGAUGUAUUUUGCAAAGGCAGAAAAAGUCCACUUUUGAUUGGCUCAACAAAAUCAAAUAUGGGUCACCCUGAAGCUGCAUCAGGUCUUUCAUCCAUUGCCAAGAUAGUUGUUGCUAUGGAAGAUCAUGUCAUUCCUGCCAAUCUUCAUUUUAAGAACCCCAAUCCUGAAAUCCCAGGAUUAAUUGAUGGAAGUCUUCAAGUUGUUAAAGAAAAUACUCCAUGGAAUGGAGGAUUGGUGGCCAUGAACUCUUUUGGUUUUGGUGGUGCUAAUGUACAUGCAAUUUUUAGGUCCCAUGAAAAAGAACAGGUUGAACCACAUGUUGCCAGUGAGAAAACUAGGUUGUACACUUGCAAUGCUCGCACAGAGGCUGGUGUUAAAGCAUUGUUAGCAGAAGCCAAAAAGAAUGCUAAAAGUGUGGAGUAUCAGGCAUUGAUUCAGGACAGUGCAAACAUGCCAACAUCUCAGAUGCCUUAUAGAGGUUACACUGUACUUAAUGCUUCAACAGAUAUAGAAGAAAUCCAGAGAUGCAGUCAAGAACCUCGACCUAUAUGGUUUGUGUUCACUGGCAUGGGAACACAGUGGCAUGGAAUGGGUCGCAAAAUGAUGGAACUUGAUGUCUUUAGAGAAUCCAUCAUGAGGUCCACUCAGACACUCAGCAGAUAUGAUAUCAAUCUUUAUGAUCUCAUUAUGAAUGGCAAUGAGACUACUUUUGAAAAGACUAUUCCAUCUUUUAUAGGCAUAGCCUCCAUUCAGGUUGCUCUUGUAGACCUGCUCUUUUCAAUGGAUAUCAGGCCUGAUGGCAUUGUUGGCCACUCUGUGGGAGAACUAGGUUGUGCUUAUGCUGAUGGUUCACUGACAGCAGAAGAAACAGUUCUUGCUGCUUAUUGGAGAGGGAGAUGCAUAUCUGAAGCAAAUCUUCCAGCAGGCAAAAUGGCUGCUGUUGGCUUGUCAUGGGAAGAGUGUAAAAAAAUGUGUCCACCAGGGGUUGUUCCAGCAUGUCACAAUUCUGUUGAUACAGUUACAAUUUCUGGACCAUUUGAUGUUACCACCAAGUUUAUUGAGGAUUUAAAAGCCAAAGGCAUCUUUGCACGUGAUGUGAAUUCCUCUAAUGUAGCCUACCAUUCCUAUUAUAUGAAUGAAAUAGCUCCACAAUUAAAAGCUGCUCUUGAAAAGGUAAUCAAGCCCAAGAGGAGAUCUCCCAAAUGGAUUAGCACAUCUGUUCCAGAAGCUAGAUGGGGAGAACCAUUGGCCCAGUACUCAUCAGCUGAUUAUCAUGUCAACAAUUUGGUCAGUGCUGUUCUUUUCCAAGAAGGUCUUCAAAAAGUACAAAGUAAUGCCAUAGCCAUUGAGAUUGCUCCACAUUGUCUUUUGCAAGCCAUUCUUAAAAGGUCUUUAAGCACUGAGGCUGUGUUUGUUGGACUCAUGAAACGUUUUCAUGAAAAUAAUAUUGAGUUUUUCUUUUCCAGUCUUGGCAAAUGUUUUGCCAAUGGAAUGAACGUGAAUCCUCUGAAAGCUUUCCCUCCAGUGCAGUUCCCAGUGCCCCGAGGUACACCCAUGGUUGGUCCUGCAAUAUCUAAGAUAUGGGAACAUACUACAGUUUGGAGUACACCUACACAAGAGGACUUUGGUGGCUCAGGAAAGGGAGGAUCAUCCGCUGAUGUCAAGUUUGAAAUAGAUGUUUCAGAAGAGUCCUCAGAACAUUACCUAGUUGGUCACAAGAUUGAUGGCAGAGUGUUAUACCCAGCCACAGGUUAUUUGGUGUUAGCCUGGAAAGCACUAGCUAGGUUGAAGGGUCAACUUUUUGAACAGCUCCCUGUUGUAUUUCAAGAUAUUACAAUCCACAGGGCCACAGUACUUCCAGCAACAGGUACAGUCACACUUAGUGUCAGUAUUAUGCCUGCCACAGGGAAAUUUGAAAUCUGUGAAAAUGAUGCUCAAGUUGUCAGUGGAACAAUAUUUAGCCCUGAAGGUCAAUUUUUAGACAGAGAUCAGUAUUCAGCAGUAAAAAAUAUCCUGAACAAAACUGAAUCUUUAGAAUUCCAACUCACAAAGGAAGAGGUAUACAAAGAACUUAGACUAAGAGGCUAUGAUUAUGGACCAACUUUUCAAGGAAUAACGAAUGCUAGUCAGUCAGGUGCCACAGGUCAGCUUUUAUGGAAUGGCAGUUGGGUUUCUUUUAUGGAUACCAUGCUACAAAUACAAGUUUUCUCAAUGCCAGGUCACUCAUUACGGUUACCAACACGUAUUAAAACGGUCAAAGUUGAUCCAAAGAUUCACCCACCUCAGCCAGCUGAAGGGGAAACCUUUACAAGUCUCCCUGUGAUAGUUGAUAGAGUGUUGGAUAUUACAGUUUGUGGAGGUGUGGAAAUUAAAGGUCUGCAUGCUUCAGUAGCCCCUAAAAGAGGUCAACAGUUGCCCCCCACAGUAGAAGAAUAUCGUUUCAUACCCUACACAGAAAGUGACAAAACUGUUCCUCCAGCAUUAGAACAAUAUACUACUGACUGCCUUAAUUAUGUUCUUCACAGUCUCAAAAGGCUAGUGGAUGAAGAUCAAGCUGGUACAUUACUCAACAAAACAGUAUUGAGUGAUGUUGUGAACAACAUUAAACCCACUGCUGAUUCAGAUCUUCAGAAAUUUCUUUCCCAACCUAACUCUGGCUUAGCACAGGCUCUUCACAAAAUAUUCACUCUGCCAGCCACCAAUCUCAAAGAAAAUGUCCACAACAUUGUGCAAUCAUUACAUUCAGAAUUGCUUUCAGACAGGUUAUUGUCCAGCCUAAGUAGUCCAGAGGUGCUCAAGUCUUGUGUUGAUAUAGUCAUUGACAAUGUCAUGACUAGCAGGGUCACUGUAUUUGAAGCUGGUGCUGCUCAGAGUUCACUUUACCGCAAAGUAAUUCCCAUCAUCAAAUCUCAACCUUUAUUAAAUGUGACUUACACUGCUGCUGAUAAAAAUCCUCUAGAUAAAGAAGCUAAAAAUCUGGGAGUGAAACAUUCACAAUGGGAUAUCAACACAUCAACCUCUGUCCCUCCUGGACAGGUACAUCUUUUGGUUCUCAAAAAUGUGUUACACAAACAAACAAAUAUCAGUGCCACUUUUGAGACUGUAUCUGGUAUGGUGUUGCCUGAUGGUUUCAUUCUAGUUGAGGAAGUCACCAGAAAUUUUCCACUCUAUUUAGCAUUAGAAGCCAUUUCAGGAAAGUUACAAGACAACUCAUCUGAUGUUUGUAGGGUUUGUGGAUGCUAUCUGUCUGAGGGAUCUUGGGUGGAAGUGUUUUCAAAACAUGGAUAUGAAGUUGUAUUUAGAAAAUCUGACAAUCUUCUCUCAACUCUCUUCCUUCUGCGCAAAAGGAAACAGCUGAUUACCCCACCAACACUGUUCUCCAUUGAUGACUUGCAGUGCUCUUGGUUAGAGGACCUCAAGUCUAAGAUGAAAGAGUUAGAGAAAGCUCCUGAAGAUGCUAGACUUUGGCUUUUAGCUACCAAAGAAGUCAAUGGCUUGAUGGGAUUUAUCAAUUGCUUGAAACUAGAGGCAGGUGGCGAGAAAGUGAGGGGAAUUUUUAUUAGUAAUUUGAACUCAUCUUCUAGUCAACCUAACAUUACUGAGUCCAGCUCUGAAUUUUUGAGUGUGGCACAGAAAGACUUGUUUGUCAACAUUUACAGAGAUGGAAAGUGGGGAUGUUUCAAACAUAUACCCAUUCCUGAAGAUGACACUUCCAGAAUAAAGCCUACAGAAUAUGCCUAUGUGAAUGUGUUGACCAGAGGAGAUUUGUCCAGCUUGAAAUGGAUUGAGUCACCACUGAAGUUUUUCCAACCAAAUGAUGAAGACACAGAGCUCUGCAGCGUUUACUACACUUCACUUAACUUCAGAGAUGUCAUGUUGGCAUCUGGCAAAUUACCACCUGAUGCUAUACCUGGUGAUAUGGCCAGUCAAGACUGUAUUCUAGGCAUGGAGUUCUCAGGGAGAGAUUCAAAUGGCAGAAGAAUCAUGGGUAUACUCCCAGCCAAGGGUCUUGCAACAUCUGUGGAUACAGCCAAGCGUUUCUUGUGGGAAAUCCCAGACUGUUGGACAAUGGAAGAAGCAGCCACUGUUCCUGUUGUUUAUUGUACAGUGUUUUAUGCUUUGGUCAUAAGAGGACAUAUUAAGAAAGGAGACAAAGUUCUCAUUCAUUCAGGAAGUGGUGGUGUUGGACAGGCAGCCAUUUCAGUAGCACUAAGCUAUGGGUGUGAAGUUUUUACCACUGUUGGAUCAAAUGAGAAGAAAGAGUACUUAAAAAGCAUAUUUCCUCAACUUACUGACAGAAACUUCAGCAAUUCCAGAGAUACAUCUUUUGAGCAUGAUAUUUUAAGGGAGACCAAAGGAUUAGGUGUUGAUGUAGUUCUGAAUUCUCUUGCUGAAGAAAAAUUGUUAGCUAGUGUUAAUUUAUUGGCUAAGCAUGGACGUUUUCUUGAGAUUGGCAAAUUUGAUCUUUCAAAUAAUACUCCUUUAGGUAUGUCCAUUUUCCUUAGAAACAUUACAUUCAAUGGAAUUUUGUUGGAUGCUCUGUUUGAAGAAGCUUCUGAUGAGUGGGAGAGUGUUGCUGAUAUGGUCAGACAAGGAAUGACCUCUGGGGUAGUCAAGCCUUUAAAAACAACAGUUUUUAAUAAAGAUGAAAUUGAAGAAGCAUUCCGAUUUAUGGCCCAAGGAAAACACAUUGGCAAAGUUGUUAUAAAAGUUAGGGAUGAAGAAAAAGAAAAAGUAGCAACACCUCUACCAGUGUCUAUCCCUGCAGUUGCUAGGACCACAUGUGACCCAUCUAAGACAUACAUUAUUACAGGAGGAUUAGGUGGUUUUGGACUUGAACUCGGCCAGUGGCUAGUAGAGAGAGGAGCUAAGAAAAUUGUUCUUUCUUCUAGAUCUGGAAUCAAGACAGGGUACCAGUAUAAAAAAGUUCAAGGUUGGAAAGAUUCUGGUGUCAAAGUAGAAGUCAGCAAAAGUGAUGCUAAAACUUUAGCUGGUGCUAAAGCUUUGCUUCAAGAGUCCAGUAAAUUGGGUCCAGUUGGAGGUCUCUUUAAUCUUGCUAUGGUUCUGCGUGAUGGCUUGUUUGAAAACCAAACACUAGACAUGUAUACCACAGUUUGUGAACCCAAAAUUGAUGGCACAAUCAACCUAGAUUUGGCUACUAGAGAACUAUGUAAAGACUUGGAUUGGUUUGUUGUAUUUUCUUCUGUCAGUUGUGGAAGAGGCAACUUGGGGCAAACUAAUUAUGGGUUUGCUAAUUCUGUCAUGGAGAGAGUGUGUGAAAAAAGAAAAGCAGAAGGCUUCCCAGGAUUGGCUAUUCAGUGGGGAGCUAUUGGUGAUGUUGGUGUGAUUGCUGAAAGUAUGGGAGGUAAUGACACUGUCAUUGGAGGAACACUGCCACAAAAGAUGUCCUCCUGUUUGAAUGUCCUUGAUCAAUUCCUAAAUCAAAAUUACACAAUAGUUUCCAGUUUUGUAGCUGCACAGAGAGACACAUCAAAGAAAGAAGGGGGUGCUACAAAGCCUAAUCUAGUCAGCUCCAUUUCCAGAAUCUUGGGUUUGAAGGAUGUAUCUAAUUUGAAUCCUGAGACAAGUUUAGCAGACCUGGGCCUGGACUCACUAAUGGGUGUAGAAAUCAAACAACUGCUGGAAAGAGAUUUUGAAGUUUCUCUUAGUACCAGAGAGAUUCGCAUGUUGAAUUUGAAGAAAAUAGAGGAAUUAAAUGGAGCAGAGGAAGAAGACCAAGCUAAAAGUUCAGAACCAGAAGUCCCUGAAGUAUCCACAGAACCUUCAAGUAAAGAAAUAAAUGGGCAACAUUCCAGGGCUUCUAAUAGGUUCAACUUCAAACAGAUGAUGCCUAAAAAUGCUAUAUUAAAGAUUAAUGAUGUUCAAAAUGGCUUCAAACCUUUAUUCAUUGUUCAUCCCAUUGAAGGAAGUGUUAUUGCAUUAGAGACUUUAGCUCGCAAUCUUCCAUGCCCAGUUUAUGGUCUCCAAUUAACAGCUGAUGCACCUCUCACAUCAAUAGAAGAUUUGGCACUCUACUAUAUUAAGCAAAUUAGCACAAUAGACUCAGUUGGUCCAUACAGAAUUGCUGGCUAUUCAUUUGGAGCAGUUGUAGCCUUAGAAAUAGCAAAUCAACUUUUGAAAAUGCAUCCCAAGCGUUCAGAUAUUGUUCAGUCCUUGACACUUCUUGAUGGUUCACAUCGCUAUGUAGAAGUCUACACAUCUGCUUACCGCAAAGCAUUGAAAAUAAACAACACAGCAGAAGAGCAGGCAGCAUGUCUUUGUGCAUUUGUCAGACUGUUCCAUGGGUUUGAUGAAGUGCAGGUUUUCCAACAAAUGGUCACAGCUGAAGGCCUAAAGGAAAGAAUCAAAAUAGCUGUUGACAUUUUAAUGAAAACAGAAAAAUUCAACUCUCAGAAUGAUUUGGAACAAUUAGCAGAAUCUUUUUAUAAAAUGUUGUCCAUAAGUGAAAAAUACAAGCCAGAGAAGUAUGGUGGUGACAUAACACUCAUCAAGGCCAAACAGAGCAAUGUGAACUCAAGUAAUCUAGGAGAUGACUAUGAUCUGAAACAAGUUUGUAGUGGCACAGUCAAAAUCACAGAUGUAGAUGGAGAUCACGAGUCUUUUAUAUUAGAUGAAGGUGCUCAGAAAGUGGCCAAUAUAUUGAUACCUUUGCUCUCAUAGUCUUUAUAUGGAAGUACACUAAACUAGGAAUAAAUAUUUGAAAGCUGUAAGCUGAAAGUUAUGAAACAAAGUUACACAUUUGUAAAUUCCGUCUUAUUCAAAGCUGUAUUUUCCCAUGUCCUCCUUUUGAGGUGCAAUCCAAUAUAGAUUCACUGAAAAUCCUGCAUUGAUAUUAUUGUCACUUUUUUUUUUUUAUGAGAAAUGAAACAACAACCACAAAUACUCACAUCAAAGAUGAUAACAGUGUUGUUAAUUUGAUGGUGAUUUUUUUUGUCAGGAUUUAUUCACUGACUGUUAUGUGUAUACUUGCGGACAACUUCCAAUUCCUGCCAUUAUAUUUUUGAACAAUCUGGAAUGAAUUGGGUUUGCCUGCUCCAUUACUUCAUUUGUUCUGUGUGUGUAAUGUUCAUUGUUAGUAUUUAGUUUUUUAUUUCCAAUCUUUGUACAUUUCCACUUUCUUCAUUUUGAGUGAAGAAAUUAGUAUACAUGGUUUAAUAGAGAGUGAAUGAGCCCUUGAAAUCCAUGCAUUGAGUAUGAGUAUCUUAUUGAAGGUAGAACUUUUGGUUGUGUAUUGAGCUAAUACACUUAAUGUUGUACAUACAUUUAUUUUUAAAGUGGAUGUUUUGCAUUUCUAUUGCAUUUCCUUGUCUUUAGUGUUUUGACAGUAAUUUAUAAUGUAUGUUCUGACCAACUGAUCAUUUUGGCUUGUUUGGUAACCAAUGUGAGGAUCAUGUACACAUCACUCAGUUCUUUGAUCUGGCCUUUUACCUGCUAGUUUAUUUAUUGAUAUACAUAUUUUUUUGUUUACAUUAAAGAGUCUCUCUAUUUGUUUUUUUUAUUAUGUCAACAUUUUGAAAGGAUUUUUAUCAUUUCUGACCAUCUAAGUUAAGAAAUAAAAUCACAUCAAAUGCCCAAUGCCAAUUGAUUCUAGAGUUUGAUAAAGGGAUACAUAAUGGAAGAGUGCAUACCAAAAUAAUUAGCACAGUUUAAACUCCUUAAGAUUUCAAACAAGCAUUUUGAUGUUAAUUUGUAUACAUCAUCCAUUAUUACAAUCCAUUAUUACUAUGAUUGUAAAAGUAUUAAUCUUGUUUGAAAUUUGCACAUUUUAUGAAAUGAGUGUACUGCCAGUACUAGGAGUGAAACCUGAAGAUGGACAUAAACCUUUAAUGAUUUAUUUUUCUUGUAUGUUUUGUUUAUAUUUACAGUGUUAGCCAUUUUCAGAUUCUGAAGCAAAUCUCAUGUUAUUGGAAUACAAAUAAAACUAUUUGAACAUU